UUUAAUAUUGAACAUUUUGGGACUCCAUAAUUUUGAGCAGAAAGCGCUUCGCUCCACUAUGGCUCCAUCCAAUUGGCCAGCCCGUCUGUCAAUCAACACAAGCUCCCAUGGUUACUGGAAGCGCAGCCCCGGUUCGGCGGCAGUGCGGAGCGAGCCGGGCACGAGCGUCUUCAUCAACAUGCGCCUGUCCGCGGCGUUCCCCGACACAAUAUUAAACUCUUGAGAUUUUUCUGUCGCACGAAAGGUUUUUGAAGUUGUCGCUGUUUAAUAUCUGUGUGCUACUGUUUAUAAAAGUUUUCAUCUGGACUUCUGCUAACCAACCGCUCCAAUUAAACGACGCCAUGAUCCCCGAACGUCCACGCGCCGGGGAGUCGAGAAGCCGAGCCCGCUUCCAGCACAGCCCGGCUGCCGGACCGAGCCGGGGCCGCAGCGUCAGCGGCUUGUUGUCCGAAAUCAAAACCACCAUCAGCAACGAGCCUUUCAGCGAGCACUACGCCGUCAUCCCCGGGAGAGAGCUCGGCAGGGGAAAGUUUGCUGUGGUCAGAAAGUGUGUGGAGAAAUGCACAGGCCACGAGUACGCCGCAAAGUUCAUGAGGAAAAGACGGAAAGGCCAAGACUGCCGGAUGGAGAUCAUCCACGAGAUCGCAGUGCUCGAGUUGGCCACAGCCAGCCCCCGGGUGGUAAACCUCCACCAGGUCUAUGAGAUGGCUUCUGAGAUGGUGCUGGUCCUGGAGUUUGCUGCUGGAGGUGAGAUUUUCAACCAGUGUGUGUCCGAUCGGGAGGAUGAGACCUUCAGUGAGGAUGACGUGAAGAGGCUCAUGAGGCAGAUCCUGGAGGGAGUCUCUUUCCUCCACCAGAACAACGUAGUCCACCUGGACCUGAAGCCUCAGAACAUCCUGCUGACCAGCAGCUCUCCUCUGGGUGACAUUAAGAUCGUGGACUUUGGUCUGUCCAGGAUGAUCAGCAGCCACCAGGAGCUCAGAGAGAUUAUGGGAACUCCAGAGUACGUUGCUCCAGAGAUUCUAAAUUAUGAGCCCAUAAGCACAGCAACAGAUAUGUGGAGUAUUGGGGUUUUGGCCUACGUGAUGCUGACAGGAAUCUCUCCGUUCCUGGGCGAGGACAAGCAGGAGACGUUUCUCAACAUUUCCCAGCUCAGUGUGAGCUACACCGAGGAGGAGCUGCAGCAGCUGGACCAGGCCGCCCUGAGCUUCAUCCAGACGCUGCUCCGCAGACAGCCUCGGGAUCGGGCCUCAGCGGAGCAGUGUCUCAGACACCCCUGGCUGCAGUCCUCAGAGCCUAAAGAAACCCAGACGGUGGAGGAGAUCCUCCCAGUGGAGGACCAGGAGGCGUCCAGCUCCACCAACAGCCCCGAACCUCCCAGCAGCACAACCACAGCUGAGGAGGUGGAGGAGGAGGAGGAGGAGGGGGGGGGAGGCCCAGUGACGGAGGAGCUGAUAGUCAUGGCUGCCUACACCCUGGGUCAGUGCCGCCAGUCCUCCACCUCCGAGAUGGAGGCCCUGGCUGAGCAGAAGGCCAUCUCCAAGCGCUUCAAGUUUGAGGAGCCCUUCAGUGCCCUGCAGGAGGUCCCUGGAGAGUUCAUCUACUGACCCACCACCACAGGACAGUUAGUGUUGUCACGGUAACAAAAAUAGACCUUCUGAUUAUACAAAUUCCCCUCAUAUAUACUGUAUGUGUAUAACCAGAUGCUGUUACAGUCAGUCUGAUUUUAUUUAAGCAGUUGGAUUUUAAGUGCAUUUACUCACAUAUUUUCCCAUAAUGCAUCACCUUGCUAAAACAGCUCCAGUAGGUUUCUGUCUGUAGUAUUUCAUUUGGUUUGCAGUUGUAUUUUUCUUUUCCCCUUGUACAACUGUCCAAACACGGAGGCCUCUCCAGCAGCUACAGUAGAGUUUGGAAAUUGAACGUUUAGUGUUGGAGAGUGAGGGCUUCUUGCUAGAGCGGCCAUUUCAGACCAAACACUCCAGCAGCGAGACGUCCAUCACAGGAAAGGCAGAGAGACGCUGAGUCGAAAUAUCCACCUAAACACACCAUGACAGGACUUCAGAUCGCAGUACAUGAGCUCCCUCUCGACAUGGAAUCUGAGUGUUUUUCUGAACAGAAUUCACAUUUUGUGAAUCCACACAUGUAAAGCCUCGGUAAAUAAAUACACUUAGCAUAAACUGUUCAAAACACAGGCUGAGAUUGAAACAGAAGCAAUAUUGUUGGAGCUUUCGAUCGUGUCAAAUGAGCUUCCUCGGCAGAUGGAGUUUGGAGUUUUAACAGAAAGAAUGAGAAGUCUAAGAAUAAAAAAACAACUCUCACCUGAACUACAGUUCCAUGACAACGGGACAAACAUCUGCUGAGGAAAUGUGACCGAAAGCUGCAGAACAGCUACUACAUGGACCUGUCCCAAAAAAAUGUCUUCAAAUAAAUAUUUGUGCUAUAUAUCCAAAUUGACACAUUAUUAUUAUUAUUGUUCAGAAAAUAGUCUGCUGAAGUCUACACCGCAGCGAACUCUUCGUCCGUAAAGAGACAGACCCAGAGGGCCGCAGCCGCGAGGGUUUCAGUGCUCGAAGGCUCUGAAGCUCUUUGUGCACACUUUGUGUUCUGUGCAGUAUCUUCCUAGCACAGUAAAGAUUCAUGACCAAGUAAGCAAUGUUAGAGUUCAGACAUAAACAGUCCUCGUUAUUAUCAAUUAUGAGUUUAACAGCCAUGAACUCGGCUGCUUCACGUGCUUCCAUCAGGCUUGAUAUGCAAAUUGAGCACGUUUUGAUUUAAAUAUGGCUAAAUCCUGGUUGGGGCCCUGGGUGUAUCAUAAGACCUGGAUCCCGGACUCAAAGAUUCCCAUUCACUUCAAUGAAAAUUGUGUGCCAAGCCACAGAAGUUUUCUGGCUUUCAGGUUUACUUCCGUGUUGUGUGGCCAACUGCACGUGCUCAUUAGUUUCUGCCACUCGGCCAAUAGGCUUUACAUCGGGACGUCUCACACUUUAUAACCCCCUUUCUAGGCUCUGGGAAAGUUUUACAAACAUAAAACCUUUCUGGUUUAAAAAUUCAUAAAAGAAAGAAUAACAGCUGACCGUGUCUACGGUGCGAGGCGUCCUGUCAUCAGUUUUACAGGCUUCUCUUUUAUAAUGGCGGUCUAUAGGGAAAUGCUGUUUGGGCCGCAGGGGGACGUUUUUGUCGUGUCCAUGGAAAAUGUGUUUGAUACUCUGGUUACACUGUCCAGGUACUAGAAAUCAGGGGUCCCCUGUCAGCCAGUUAACCUGUGAGGUUUCAGUCCUGAGGAUGACACGAUUGCACCAUCAUGUCAGGCUGAGGGAAUCGAACUGCUGCCACAGGUAGCAGAUGAUGUGCAGCACGUCUGCUUCGUGCCGCGCUCACGCUCAGAGGGUUCCACACAGUGUGAAACGAUGCACACAGCACAUACACAGCUGCAGUCAUCGUGCACGUGCACGUGUGCUGAUGAGCGAAGGCCUGAUUUCCAGUUGGGACUGUUUGUCACACUUUUUACAAAACAGUGAGAAAUAACUGACUUUUCUUUUUUUUUUCAUGAUUUUUGAAUUGCGAAGCCAAAUGGUUGUUGGUUUGUGUCCUUUUCCUCGUCCUGCUGCUUCCAGCUCCUCUGAACUCAACCCUGCUUGUGUUUUGUCUUGUAUUUGGUGCCACGCUUGGAGAAAAUAUUGAUGAUUUUAGCUCUCGCGGUUCUUUAUUUCAGGUGUUUCUGUGGAAUAUAGCAGAUAUCUCUGAGACAGCGAAUGUUGGAGUUUUCUAAUCCUGUGUAUGUAAUGCAGAUGUGUGUUAAAAUUCAACAGUACUGUUUAAAGAGCCAUUUCCUGUUCCUCAGCUCUGUACAUGUAGACAGCGAGCACUCUGGUCUGUACUGUAAAUAUAUGUUUAUGAAACAAUAAGCUCUGUUACCAUGGGAACAGAUUUGUACAUGCAUGUUCUGUACUGUAAAUAAACAUUUCAAAAGUG